AUGCCAGUGUUGCAGAAGACGCUCCUUGGAUGGGUAGUUUCGGGCCGUUGCCAAACCGGCUCCACCACAUCACACAGUUACUCGAUUUCCAUGGACGAAGUCAUCAACAACAACAUAGAACGCCUGUGGCGCAUUGAAGAGGUUAACACUUCUGUUGACAUUUACACUCCAGAGCAGCGCAGUUGUGAAGAGGCUUUCAAAAACACCGUUCACCGACAACCUGAUGGCCGAGUGGUAGUUCGCCUCCCAUUCAAAGAUGAUAUUGGUUUGUUAGGUCACUCGUAUGAAAUUGCCCGUAAACGUUUUGAAGCUCUUGAGCACCGCUUGAGCCGCACAUCAGAUGUGAAAAGGCAAUACGCAGAUUUUAUUUUAGAGUACGAACAGUUGGGCCAUAUGAGCUUGGUGACAACACCGAAACAACGACACAAAGGUCUGAACGAUUUACUAAUGGUCGGACCGACCAUACAGCCCGACUUUUACACGUUACUUCUACGCUUCCGUACAUAUCGUUAUGCAAUUACCGCCGAUGUCGUCAAGAUGUUCAGACAGAUUCUUGUCGACCCCCAUGAUCGCAAGUUUCAAUAUAUACUUUGGAGAAGUACACCCGAUCAACCAUUACGCACAUUUGAACUGAAUACAGUCACUUAUGGGACUGCUACCGCGCCAUAUCUCGCUAUACGUAGCAUGCAAUACUUAGCUGAGCAAUGCAUGGACGAGUUCAAGGUAGGAGCCGAGGCUAUAAAAUCAUCCUUCUACGUUGAUGAUUUCAUUUGUGGAGCUAACACGUUGGAAUGCCUUCAUCAAAUCAAAACGGAGGUAAUUGAGAUACUUCAUCGUGGUAGAUUUGAGCUAGCGAAAUGGCACUCGAACUAUAGCGAGUUUGUUAAUGACUGUACGAUUAAAGAUCUUAACUUAGAAGACGAUUCAGUAACCAGCACUCUGGGCUUAAGGUGGGAUCAACGAGAAGACGUCUUUAUGUUUGCAUUUGUACUCAAGCGCACAUCACAUGCUGUCACGAAGCCGUCUAUACUAUCAAUUGCUUCGUCGCUCUUUGACCCGUUGGGCUUGGUGUCACCUAUCACUAUACUUGCAAAAAUACUUAUACAAGAGCUUUGGUUGCUAAAAUUACAGUGGGAUGAGUCAGUUCCGCACAACAUUCACACCGCAUGGACAUCGUUCCUCUCAUCGCUUUCAUCGUUGGAAUCGCUAACUAUACCGCGCUAUUGCCUUCAACCCAGCGUUCAGAGACUUCAGUUGCACGGCUUCUGUGAUGCCUCAAUUAGGGCUUAUGGAUGCUGUAUAUAUGCACGCACAGUUGACCCUAGCGGUGAAGUCAAGGUCACGUUGAUUACAUCCAAGUCGAGAGUCGCCCCAACGAGGAAACUGUCAUUGCCCAAAUUGGAAUUAUGCGGUGCUCAUUUGCUGUCACAACUUUACGCUAAAAUAAAGGUGAAUUUCGGCGAUACCCAAUAUACAACGUAUCUAUGGAGCGAUUCACAAAUCGUUCUACACUGGAUUCAAAAGCAUUCCGCCGCACUAUCUACGUUCGUAGGAAAUCGUAUUUCUGAAAUACAACAAAAAACAUCUUGUUGCGAAUGGAAAUACGUUUCAACGCACUAUAAUCCAGCUGAUCUGCUUUCCAGGGGGUGCUCAGUGAGUGAGCUGCAGCAGUCCAUAUGGUUCGAAGGGCAGGCAUACCUGCAACGCCACCAAGACGAGUGGCCGACGCACCAUCGAGGUGAUAUUGAUCAAGAUAUAGUGAACUUAGAGAAACGUAAAUCGGCUUUCGCUACUGUUAAUGCCACUAACGACCUACUCGAAGCAGUAGCCCCCCAUUUCGGCGGCUUGUGGGAGGCUGCAGUUAAGAGCGUCAAGGGACUUAUCAACCGCACUCUUAUGAACGCUCGUUUAACAUUCGAGGAGCUUACAACUGUCACAGCUGAGGUGGAGGCGAUUCUGAAUUCUCGCCCUUUGUCACCACUCUCUUCAGACCCGAAUGACCUAGCCGCACUCACCCCGGGCCACUUCCUCAUUGGCGACUCAUUACGUGCAUUGCCCGAGACACCCGUCACAGAGCUGGAGAGCAUACCAUCUGAAAAUGACGAUACUAACAAUAAUGGCGAUGCAGCUGAGGAACUAGAGUUUCCUGUUAUUGAAAACGUAGACGUACAGUUACCUCACCAUUUUAAAUGUGCUAGUCACACACUAAAUUUGAUAUCGUCCUCGGACUUUAUAAAAAUAGUGAAGAAAGAACCAUUUCUUUACAAUAAGCAUAUUGAAGCUAUUUCACGGUAA